GGCAGGUCUGAUUUUCAUCCCAUGGUCCAGAAGUACAAGACUAUGUGGCCGUUCAAAGUGGUGGCGGGGGAACGAGACAUGGCCGUUGUAUGGUUCGAAAAAGGACCUGACGGCAAGCAAACGUUCUCACCCCCGGAAAUUUCCUCCCUUCUUUGAAGGACAUGAAAAGCAUUGCCGAGAAGUUAGCUAAUGACGUCAUCGCGGAUGCUGUGAUAACUGUUCCCGCCCACUUCAGUGACAGUCGGAGGGAGGCCACGAUGGAGGCAGGGCGUCAAGCAGGCCUGAACGUGCUGCAGCUGAUGAAUGAACCGACGGCGGCCGCCGUAGCGUACGUUUAUGAAAAGAAAAUAAAUACGGAGUCUGCUGGAAAGAAUAUCAUGGUGUUCGAUCUGGGAGGAAACACGCUUGACGUCUUAAUCAUUACCCUCGAUAGCGGCAGCCUACUUGUGCGCAAGGUGAAAGGCGACUCUGAUCUGGGAGGUGUCGACUUCGACAGCAACCUCAUCAGGUAUGUCGCAGAGAAGCACAGGCUUAAGACGGGUUGCAAUGUUCUCGGCGGGGAGAAUGAGAAGAUGUUUCCGCGAUUGAGGGAGGCCAUCGUUACGGCAAAGCACACUUUGUCUACCCAAGACGAGGCGGACAUUGAGUUGUACAUCAACGAUGUAGAUCUCAACCAGUCCAUACUCCGAUCAGAGUUCGAACGGGUCAAUGAGGAGCUCUUCCAAAAGUGCAUGUUUAGGGUUGAGAUAGCACUUCGAGGAGCCAAGAUGACUAGUCAGGACAUCUCCGAAGUGAUUUUAGCCGGAGGAUCAACGCGGAUAAAAAGAGUCCACGAGCUACUCCAGCAAUUCUUUGGCAGGGCUCCGUUAUCAGUUGUUCAUCCGGAUGAAGUGGUGGCACAUGGUGCGGCCGUGCAGGCAGCUUUUCUAUCUAAACUUGUUAUUGAAAAGCAUAAGCCUAAGGUGCCCGUGUGCAACGUGAAUCCGAAAAGCAUCGGAGUGAUGAGAAGUCUCGGGGAAAUGAGUGUUUUGAUCCCCAAGAACAGUCCUCUUCCGGCAAAAGGGGAGCUCGAGGUUGAGUGCGCCUACGAUUACGCAGGGGGUUGUGCGGGGUGGGGGGGCCCUUUGGGCAGUGUGGGGAGCGGCGGCGGUGCUUGGGGGGGUUGUGGGCAGUGUGGGGAGCGGCGGCGCUGCUUGGGGGGGGAGCUUUGGGCCAAUACCCCAGACGAAACGUAAAAAAAAAAAGAAAAAAAAAAAAGAAUUUGCGUGAAUUUGUGUGUCUGUGUUUGUGUGAAUGUGUGUGUGUGUGUGUGUGUGAAUGUUGCUUUUUUUUUUUCCGGGGGUGUGGGGAAACCCCCUAACACGGCUCAGAAGACCCAUGCAAGCUCUCUGAAGGGUCCUCGCAGCCAUGUGGCGCAGAACCCCCCACCAAAAUUGAGGCAGGUAGUGAGUAUGAGGUAUUGCACCAGCUGGCCGAAUAUAUAGUCAGGAUUCAAGUUCAGGUCUGUGUUUCARCAGUUAUGGGUUGGUCACGUAGCUACAAYRKAAAAWUUUCCYAKAAUUAAAUAWUCAUUCUAUAGUAAAAUUACAAUAUAAAU